GCUGUACAUGCUAGGAUUAAUCUUAAACUGUUGCUGUAGUGACCUUAGUGAUUUAAGAUGUGCAUCUCCCUAGAGAAUACCUCUCCCCUGUGAAUUGCUACUAAAAGAUCUCUGACAAAGCAUGCCAAGUGCUUCUGACUUACCAUUUUAUUUACUGCUCCUAAUACAUGAAUACAAAAGGAUUGCAUGUUACCAGAGAGGCAAAGCACAGAUACAUUUUUGUUAUUGUAAUUUCUCUCCGUCUCUAGACCCUGUGUCAUAUUACAACCCGCUGCAUAACGCUGUUUUGAGGAACAAGCCAGACAUGGUGAGGCUGCUGGUUGAACAUGGAGCAGACAUUGAAAAGAGGGACAGGAUCCAUGGGAGUAGUCCUUUGGACCUUGCCAGUGAAGAGUCAGAGAGAUUGCCCUGCCUGAUCACAUUGCUGGACCUAGGCGCUGAUGUAAAUGCGACAGACAAACAUGGGAAAAAUCCUUUGCUCCAUGCAUUAGCAAGUAGCGAUGGACUGACUGUGCACAACACGGAGAACAUCCGGCUCUUACUGGAACGAGGUUCCCCAGGAGUAUGGAGUGCUGCCACUGUAGACGGUGAAACGGUGGAGUCCUCCCUGGUGUUCUUGGUGAAGGAGGCUCUGGAGGCCAGCACGGAGGACGCCGCAGAGAUUGGUAAAUUCUGCCUGGAAACCACACAGCUGCUGCUUUCCCACGGCGUGGACCUCAGCUGCUGUCUGAACGAAGAUGGUGAAGAGUCUCUGAUGCAGGCGAGCCUGGAGCACUUCGACUUGCUUUUUCCUCUGGCGGUGCUCCUAAUGCAGAGUGGAGCCUCUUUGGUUUGCUCCCAUCACAGUUCUUCCUGUUGGUCAGGUUAUAGCCUCCUUUUUCAGAGGCUUCAAACAGUCCUGCAGCAGUGCACAGAUCCGAGUCAAGCAGCUGAGCUGCUGGAGCAAGCUGAGACAUUGCUGGACUUUGCGAGGGUUAACGUCCCAACACUGCAUCUGCCUCAGAGGCUGGAGCUUCCUGUGGCCAAUCUGGACUCUCACCCACAUGCUCAGGCUCUGAUAGAACUACAAAACCGUGUAGUGGAGCAUGAGGGGAGCCCUCCGUCACUUCGCUGCCUUUCUAGGGCAUUCAUAAGGAGCUGCGUUCAACCCUGGCCCAUAGUGGACAGAGUGAAAGCUUUGCCUUUACCAGACAGAUUGAAAGACUUCCUUCUUCCAGAGCUCACCUAUAUCCCAAAGCCAGGCUGGGAAUGCUUCAAGCCACAGCAGAGCCAGGAUUAAUACAAACAUUUUUGUUUUCCUGAAAUGAAAAUGUAAAUUAAGCAUCUAUAUGUGCAAAAGUAAAAUUUGACAAAAACUAAAUGCCUUUUUUUUUAUUAUUAUUAUUUGUGAUUUUCCUUUUGUUUUAUACUGUGAGAUACAAAUUGAUGUUUGUAAAAAAAAAAAAAAAAGUUUUUUGUUUUGCAAUGGAAUGAAAUUUCUGUAUAGCAGUGUUAAUUUGGAUAAAAUGCUGCAGUAUAAACUUAAAACCACCAGAUGGCAGUGUUGAAUCACAGUAGAUGCAGUGAUCUAAGAUUUUUUUAAAUUAUUUUAAUUAUUUUUUGCCUCUUAUCAAAGUUGAUGUGGAUGAUUCGAAUCCAUCGAUAUAUUAUCACCUUCUAUGGGGAUGUAUUUUUCUGUUUAGUGUUUUUUUCACAAUGUAUUGGAAUAAAACAAGUUUAAUUA